UUGCGCUACGCCUACGUUCAACGCGCAUAUCAGCUUUAAUUUUUUUUAUUAUAUUAUACCAUAUAAUGUGUUAGUGUGUUCUUCUCCUAACAGAUGGAAUCUGACAAGCUUUCCAUUAAACCGGUAUUCUUAAAAUACAGGUGGCCUCCAAAGAAAAAUAUUACAAACACCACCAAAAAUAUACCAGAUAGUAUACCACAGAGAUACAAAAAAGAAGAAAUUAUUAUAAACGAUAUUUAUCAAGGACUAGAUAACAAUCAAUAUGAUCCUUCCUUAACAUGUUGCGAUAGUUCGAGUGAGCCACUUGAUGUGGUUACAACGAACAAUGAUGCAAGGAAAUCGUUUAUCAUACUCGACGAAAUUGAAACAUACAAAACAAUCGUAAAUAAUAUUCUAAAUGAUCAUGGGGCCGCUACGAAACUGCGUUAUUUGUAUAAAACCGACACCGAAAGAUUAACGGGGCCCGAAGCCGUUAAGAAAGCGAUGAAUAGAUUCAUGGAAUUGAAAGUAUCCCCUAUUUAUGACGUAGAGUUUUUUGUUAAUAAUUCGGGAAUUACUUUAACGAAUAAUUCGCGUAGAAAUUUUUUUAGACGACAUUAUCCCAAAAAAUCAGUUUCUUACUGCGGAUUGGUACGAGAAUAUCAGAGUGUGGAUGUUAGUCCUAAGGGAAUAUUUGCUUUAAUAACAAGAAAAAUUUCAGGAAAAUCUAACGAAUGCCAUUUAAUUCGUCAAGCAGAUGUUAAUGAAAGUGUGAUUAAUAUUGUUAAGUUUAUCAAUAUUGGGUAUGAGCUUGAGAAUAUUGACUAAUAUUAAUUUAUUUUUUAUUUAUAUUUUAAUACUAACAUGUACUAGUCAAAAA